UGAGGCAUUUAACCUGCAGCAGAUGGGACAGGCUGAUGUGUUCAACUUUGAGGAUAAUAUAUAUCUAUAUCUAUAUCUCUGAGUUCUCUCCCCUACAUUAAAGAAAGUGUUUUCUGUAAAUUCUACUAAGGAAUUGAACCAUACAUGGGAGUUUAUUAAUUUUAUUUAGAAAAAAGCAUUUUUUGUAAUAUAACAGAAUCAUAUAUAAAACUUAUUUUUACCUAAAAACAUAAAAUGUGUUUCAAACAUUUAGCAAUUUCUCUUUUUUUAUAUUUUCUUUUCCUGUUGCUGGUGCAGUUACCAGCGUGUCGUGGUCAAAAGUCUUCGAGUCCCAGGUGGCUGAUCGGGGACCGGGAGUCGCAGUGCCAUGUUCAGUGCUUGCGGACACAGGGGGACAAGCCGGUGUGUGGCUCAGAUGGACGGAACUAUGAUACAGGCUGUGAAUUACAGAAGGCGCGCUGCAGGGACCCCUCGCUGAGCAUCCUGAAUCGCGGACGCUGCAAAGGAAAAAACUGGGCACGUGCCGAACAGCCACCCGCAACAGCAGCCCCAACAGCAGCCCUGGAGAUGAAGGGCUUUGAGCAGAGAGACUCAGGGAUGACGAAAUGCCAGGGUGAGAGGUCCCAAGCUCAGGAGCUAGCCAAGAAGCCGCAGGAGUCUGUCUUCAUCCCUGAGUGCAACGAGGACGGCUCCUUCGCACAGGUUCAGUGCCACACGCUGACGGGGUACUGUUGGUGCGUCACCCCAGACGGGAAACCCGUGAGUGGCUCCUCCGUUCAGAACAAGACCCCGGUGUGUUCAGGUUCAGUAACUGAUAAGCCAUUGGGGCAGCCUAGCUCGGGGAGAAAAGUUUCUUUUCGUUUCUUUUUAACUCUUAAUCCAGAUGACGGAUCCAAGCCCACUCCCACGAUGGAGACCCAGCCUGUGUUCGAUGGCGAUGAGAUCACGGCUACAACCAUGUGGUUGCUGGACUUCAUCAACAAGGAAAGCAAUCAGAACAGCUCAACCCUGAGGAACCCAGAGAAAGUUCCUUCUUGUGACCAGGAGAGGCAGACGGCCCAGGAGGAGGCGCGGCAGAGAGACCCGAGAGACGCCAUCUUCAUCCCCGAGUGCGGCCUGGCAGGGAUCUACAAGCCUGUUCAAUGCCACCAGUCCACCGGCUAUUGCUGGUGUGUGCUGGUGGAUACCGGCCGACCCAUUCCUGGCACCGCCACGCGGUACCAGACCCCCGAGUGUGACAGCGCAGCGCGGUCUCGCAGCUCAGAGGCAGAGGAUCCUUUCAGGGACAGAGAGCUGCCAGGAUGCCCAGGCGGGAAGAAAGUGGAGUUCAUCACCAGCUUGCUGGAUGCCCUCUCUACAGACAUGGUGCAGGCUAUAAACUCACCAGCUCCAUCUGGUGUUGGGAAGUUCUCGGAGCCAGACCCCAGCCACACUCUGGAGGAACGGGUGGUUCACUGGUACUUCGGGCAGCUUGACAGCAAUGGCAGCAGCGACAUCAACAAGAAGGAGCUGAAGCCCUUCAAGCGCUACGUCAAGAAGAAAGCCAAGCCCAAGAAAUGUGCCCGCAAGUUCACAGAGUACUGUGACCUCAACAAGGACAAGGCCAUCUCCCUGCUGGAGCUCCAGGGCUGUCUGGCUGUUAGCAAGGAUGCAGGUAGUGCCGUCGGAAGCAUCCAUCCAGGGAAAAGGCAAGGAGUCAGUUCCUUCAUAGGACGUCUGGUCUGAAGAGGGACAAUCUCAUGAGCUGAGAGAGAGAGAAACAGAGGGAGAGAGAGAGAGCAGAGGAAGACAACAGCAGCAGGCUUUAAUUUGCAAGCACUCAUAAAAAGAAGAAAAAAGCAAUAACAAUUAAAGCAAAAAAGUGGCACCAAAAUAUUUGCACUUUCUAAAAAACGAAAUUAUGAAACGUUACCUGUUUAGUGUUUUUUUUUUUUUUUUUUUAAGUAUAACCAUAAACAUUGACAGAAACAGCUACUGGUUUGAAAAGCAGUCUUUUAUGACUUCUGCGUGAUAUACUGUCCAUUCUGCCCCUUUGUGUGCUAGUAUGGGCCUUGAUCCACUUUUUGGCCCAUUUUGGCCCAUGCAUUUGUUUUCUCGCUCAUUCAAAUGACCAUGGAAAUGCAUUUUCCAUGUACUACCAACCUGUCAGCAAAAUGUAUUUCUUCCUCCAGACCAAUGCUCUGUCCACAUGUUGCCAGCAGUUUUUAGUCCCAGUCCCCGACCAUUAGGUCCUUCCCAGUCAUUGUAAUAAUAUGACUUUCAAACACUGAGUGGCCAACAAAACAUGCAUAAUGUAGGUAAAUGAGAAAAACCCCAUAGUCCACAAUGUAUGUAAGCGGUGAUGUCACAUGCAAUUGAAUUGACUACACCUGCAGCCACAAUUAUGAGAAAACAAGGAUCUCAGUGAAUUUGCAAGAGGUUGGUAGUGAGUAUGCGUGUGGCCGGCCUGUUAAUCAAGACAGCCCCUGGGGCAUUCCUGGAAUUUCAAUGCUUGCAGAAAACCACCAGCAGAAAGCAUGAAUCCUGCCACAAGCAGGUCGUGACAGAUCGAGACCACAGACGUGUGUAAUGUAUUGUGACCAACAACUGACCAUGUGCUGCAGAGGCCCAAAUCAUAGGCACCUUCAACACAGUGCAAAACACGGCUUUGGGAGCAGUGCAUUGUGGGCUAUUAAGUGAGUUCUCUAUUCAUUUGGCCAUUCAGUGUAAAUACAGAUCUGUGCACUCGACCUAGCGGCCCCUCUUUCCAGAUAACAGUAAAUAGCGCUUUAUCUGAGAUCUGAUAGGUUUCUUACCAAAUGCAUUGAAAAGGAUAUGGAGCAUACAAGUUAAUUUCCCCACAUUUCAGUGCAAGCUGCCAACAGGAAAACCAGGCAGGACUGCAUUUCAGUGCAAGCUGCCAAGGGGAGAUCUAUUUAAGUGCAAGCUGCCAGGGGGAGAUGCAUUGCUGUGCAGGCUGCCAAGGUGAGAUUGUUAAAUGGUGGCAGCUUUUGUCGGUAGUCUCAAAAUGAAAGGAUUUUUAAUACAAUAGCAAGUAACUUGUAAAAUAAAGCCAUUACAGCUCUCAAGGUGAAUGCUUACUGUGUAAAUAUCUGUCUUGUUGGCCUUUGGUUACACUUGUAAGGUGUGGGUUUUGUUUUUCCUUUAAGAGUGUUUGCAGUAAGGAGUUCUCAGUAGAUGUGCUGCCCUUGCUGUUUGUUGCCCUGGGAUCAAGCUGCAGGACUGUGUGUUGGGACUCCUACCACAAUACCAGCCACCCAGAGACCAGCGUCUCCAUAGCAGGUGAUGCAAACAGUGUAUUAGAUCAGUUCAAUAUCUAGGAGGUUCAGAUGGCAUUGUAUUGGGUAUUUAUAACGAUUCCCUUUUUUAUAUUUCAUCCUGGGUUCUACUGCUGCAAUGUUGAGUUGUUAACAUUGUGCACUAUGACAGUCUCCACUUGGCUUCCAGCUUGUCUGGAGAAUCCGAAAUCAGUCUUCAGUUGUAGUUUUAGUUGAGUUGGAGUUGUAGGGAAGUGUAAAUAAACUAAAUUAAAAUGACAUUGAAACAACCACUUCCUCAGCAAGGUGGGUUUUGAAUUAUGUCCACUUUUAAAGUGGACAACAUUAAGACAUUAAAAAAUCUGUAAUAGGUAACAAAGUUUAGUUUAAAAAGCAUUUGUUUUAUAUAUUAUAGUUCAAGUGUGUAAUGUUUUUAGUAAAGAUAAGUACCUAACUUUAAAUUGCCAAUAUUGAAAAAAAGACAAUGAAUAAACUGAAUGAAUUGUAACACUUUAGUAAUUGGAAAUGGUGUAUUUAUACCAGUGUUAAAAGUUACAUUGCACAACUUAGAUAAUUAACACAAAUAGGUAACUUUAUUUUUACACAUUUGACUGUAAUUAUAGCAGUUGAAAAUUGUGCUUUGUAUCUGCACUCUGUGAAACAUUAUUAUUCUAGAGCAGCACCACGAUUACAAAUAUUUGAUUGUACAAAGUUCAGAGAAGCACAAUCUGUCUGGGAAAGCAGACAUUGUGAAAUGGUUUAAUCACGCAUUACAUUGUUCAAACAGUGCUCCCUAUUCAGUAAGACAGAGAAAGAUUAAUGGAGUGGGAGUAAGUUCAUUUAUAUUGUGUAUGGUCCAUGGUGCAACUGCGAGCUUACAGUGUACUUGGAAUUCAAAACUGUCCAUCAGUGCAAUUGGAGCUUUCUAGUGGUGUGUGAACCACCAAAGUGUAACUACUUUUAAAGGAACAAAAGCAACACCCAAACCUCUCCAUUCUACCUGUCUCAUAAAUCUUUACUUACUCUGUUACUUAUGGAAAACAAACAUAGAUUUUCACUAUAGCCUGUUGACUUUUUUAUUUGAAAUAAAUAGAAAAAUAUCCA